AUGACGGAAACCUCAGCAUGGGAAAAUGAUCCCCACGUCCAAAAACCUAACGAAACAGGUCGAUCUGCCUUGGAGUACCUCUCCUUGACCACAGACUAUCUGAGCUUCUUAGUCAUAUGCCCAGCAGCCGUUUUAGCUGAUGUGCUCAUCAUAUGCGUCGUCCUCAAGUACAAACGGCUGAAAACACGCACCAACAUGUAUCUACUCAACUUCGCCAUAUUCCACAUCCUGUAUAUCGUAUCUACACCUUUGUUCCACGUGGUACUGGAUGUAUUCUACGAGGGUGUGCUGGACGUCCAUUGGUUCUGCAUGUGGACCAGAUUAGAGAACUCAGCUAUGGCCUUAGCUAUCACCUGCAUAGCUGGCUUUGGAUUAGACGUCUACCUGGAAGCUAGACAGCCUUCAUGGUUCCCUAGAUACGACCAAAGAAUCAACUACGUCUUCGCUUUCUUGUACUUCUUCCACACUCUCUUCUACAUUAUUUCUAGCUCCAUUUGUUUCAACCAUGGCUUCAAUAGCAACUUCAGCACCUACUUCCUCACUACUGAAUAUUUGCUCACUGCCAUUUUGUUGCUCUACCUGGGUAUUAAGAACAAGAGUGGGAGGAUGGUUGCUAGCAAGGAUUGGGUGCUUAGCACUUCAUUGACGAUCGUCAUUUGCUGGCUGCCGCUUUUCGUUUGCUACAACUUGAUUGAUGCUUUCCACUCGGUACGGGACGUGGAAAUAGUGCUGUGGUACCUAGCGUUUUUGCCGGAGUACUUGGCGUACUCUUGCUCGAUGAUAACUGUGUGGAGACUUUGGAAGUCCAACCAACAGUUCAAGGUGGCGUUCAGGAAGUUUUUCAGACGGAAUGUGCCUUCGGCUGAGUAUGAAGAACUUUUUGUGAGUGAAAAUACGAUAACAAAAUGA